UCCGGUGGUUUUUGUGGACGGCGCUGACAGACGGGGCGGCGGCCGCAGAGCAUCUGGGUUAUUGGUGAAAGGGAAACUCUACAGCCGCAGCGGCUUUGCUCAUUUCACCAUCGGGGAUCGGUCCAUCAUGGCGGCUCACGGAUGGAAGUACUGAUGACUGUCCGGAAGAUCGCAUUGGUUUGUACCAUGGGCACCAAUGCCUCUGCCUUGGAGAAGGAGAUUGGACAUGAGCAGUUCCCCGUAAAUGAGCACUACUUUGGACUGGUGAACUUUGGAAACACCUGCUACUGUAACUCGGUGCUGCAGGCGCUCUACUUCUGCCGGCCGUUCCGGGACAAGGUGCUGGCCUACAAGGUGCAGCCUCGGAGGAAGGAGUCCCUCCUCACCUGUCUGGCUGACCUUUUUAACAGCAUUGCAACACAGAAGAAGAAAGUGGGAGUCAUUCCUCCGAAGAAGUUUAUCUCACGGCUGAGAAAAGAAAACGAACUGUUUGACAACUACAUGCAGCAGGAUGCGCACGAGUUCCUCAACUACCUCCUUAACACCAUCGCAGACCUGCUCCAGGAGGAGAAGAACCAUGAGCGGCAGCAGAACGGAAAACUGCUUCAGAAUGGAGGAGGAGGAGGUGUUGGAGGAGGAGGAGGAGGAGGGGGAGGAGGAGGAGGAGGAGGAGGAGGGAAGGAGAUUCAACAGACCUGGGUCCAUGAGAUUUUCCAAGGAACACUGACCAAUGAGACGCGCUGCCUCAACUGUGAAGCUGUAAGCAGUAAGGAUGAGGACUUCCUGGAUCUGUCUGUAGAUGUGGAGCAGAACACGUCCAUCACCCACUGCCUCAGAGGCUUCAGCAACACCGAGACGCUGUGCAGCGAGUGCAAGUACUACUGUGAGCAGUGCCGCAGCAAGCAGGAGGCCCAGAAAAGGAUGAGGGUGAAGAAGCUUCCCAUGAUCCUUGCUCUCCACCUGAAGCGCUUCAAGUACAUGGACCAGCUGCAUCGCUACACCAAACUGUCCUAUCGCGUUGUCUUCCCGCUGGAGCUCCGCCUCUUCAACACAUCCGGGGAUGCCACCAACCCAGAGCGCAUGUAUGACCUGGUGGCUGUGGUGGUGCACUGCGGCAGUGGUCCUAACCGUGGACACUACAUUACCAUUGUGAAGAGUCACGGCUUCUGGCUGCUGUUCGACGAUGACAUCGUGGAGAAGAUCGAUGCUCAGGCCAUCGAGGAGUUCUACGGGCUCACGUCUGACAUCUCCAAGAACUCAGAGUCUGGCUACAUUCUUUUCUACCAAUCCAGAGACUGACAAAGCUGUGGUGACCCCACCCACGACCCUUUAAGAUAGGGGAGGGGCUUAGGGAAGCCCCGGCUGUACUACCCUGUGGGUAAAGCUUUUCAGCUGAGCACUGCUCAGACAAGCAAAGCCAGGUGCAGGUUUGUGGCAGUUGGAUGAGUCCACAAUCACCUGACUGUGUCAACACCGUGCCGUUGUGAGAGGUUCAUCAGACUGAGGAGCAGACACGCUGCCACGAUGACCGCGGCGUCUCCAGAGACUGCCAGGUGAAAGCUCACUGAGAUGCUGCUGAUUGUUCCAGCUUCAUGGGAUCAAACCAUCAGCUGAGGUCUGACAGCGGGAGAGGCUGUGUGCAACCUUCACAGCUCACACACGAGCACCGCACAGUAAUUCUACAUGAUAAUGUGGCGUUAGCACACAGGUGUUUAUGAAGUAUCCAUAAGAAAAUCCUGAGCCCAAAGGACGAAAUUUAUGAACCCAUGAAGGGUUAUUCCAGGAAAAAAUCCAAAUCUGGAAGAAAUAUUUGGAACCUCUAAAGAAAAGUUUUACCUUUAGAAGAAGAAACUCUGCCUCUAGAACUCCAAAGAAGCAACGUCUGAACUUAGAAGAAACUCUUGACUAUUAAAGAAACCCCUGACCCCAAAAUUCUAAAUCAGAGGAAGAAACUCUUGAACCCUCGAAGGACGCACAUCUUCUGUGUUUCUAUCAGGAGCAGCCUGGACAUUUAUUGUAGGAGAGAAGCAGCCAAUGAAAAGUUUGAGGAGAUGUUUGUGCAUAUUUAUUUUAGACUUUAAUGAAUGUUUCAGAGCUGAGCUGUCAUCUGUCCCCAGGUUCAGAUAAACCAGGUGAUGGACCAGAAACAGAGGAGCAUAAAAGUUUUAACCCUUGUGCUAUCCUAUGGGGUCCAGAUGACCCCACCCUUACAUUGACGUGUUAUCCCUACAAUGACAAAGUGGAGAGGAUUUCU